AUGCCUGCUCUCACACGGUCCAUCACCUCUACCGCUCUCCGAGACGGUCAGGCUACUCACACUAUCCCUGCAAGCGCUCACACGAGACCUAGCGGAACUCAGGGUGGCACCGGCACUCCUCAGCAUACCCCAGACGAGACUUCUCAGCCUUUCACUGCGCCGCAAACUGUUGGCUCAGAUGACCCUCGCAGUGGCUUACUGAUCUUAGGCAUCAACACGUAUAAUCUUCUGGAUAAGGAAGCUGUGACCAAGCGUGUGAUUUUCACGAAACUUAGGGACAAGGAGGCCGAGCUCAAAGGGUCGAUCGUGGGACUAGGAGCGCGAGCAUGGGACAUAUGGAGAGAAGACCUAGGCUGUUAG